CAAUACACGCGAAGUAGUAAUGCGCGUAGAAGGAGCACGUCUCAUAGCUCACCAGAGACAGGCUCAGGCUCAGGCUCAGGCUCAGGCUCAGGCUCAGGCUCAUAGCUUUGCUUCUCUUCGCCGGCCUCAGCCGCUUCCUCCUCCUUCUCCUCGCACCUCCAUCGAUUUCUCUCUCCGCCGAGGUCCUACAAUGAGAAACACGUUCCUCGCUUUAUUAUUCUUGUGUUAUCUCCUUAUUUGCUUCGUCUCCGUCGCCAACACCGUCGCUGAGUCUGACUCCGCCGAGAUCAAUGCCACUGCCUCCAGUUUUAACGCAUCGCUCUUGAGAUCCAAAGAGAAUAGCUUUGCCGACAUGAUCGAUCGCGCUCUCGAGAAGGAGUUCAAUGACACUGACCAGAACGAAGUGACUGAUCCUGGAAGCUUCAACAAUAGUGUUGCUGAGCAGCAGGCUGUUCUGGAAACUGUUGCUAGAGUUAAGUCCAAGAAAAAUGAGACCAAGGAAGAAAAGCCAUUUCAUUUUCAUGAUGUUUUCAAUUUGGAUAACGAGAAUCGGGCUGAAGAUACUCCAACAUUGAUUGAUAGAAAGGAUAAUGUUUUUAUCAUAUCCAAUGCAAAAUCCAAGUAUCCAACGCUACAACUAGACUUAAGACUGAUAUCAGAUCUGGUGGUUGUCAUUGUCUCUGCAACUUGUGGUGGGAUUGCCUUUGCUUGUGCUGGACAACCGGUUAUUACUGGAUACCUGCUAGCAGGAUCAAUUAUUGGGCCUGGAGGCUUUAGCUUUGUUAGUGAAAUGGUGCAAGUUGAAACAGUGGCACAGUUUGGUGUAAUCUUUCUUCUCUUUGCACUUGGGCUGGAGUUUUCAACAACCAAGCUUCGCAUUGUUAGGGCUGUUGCUGUUGUAGGAGGUCUUCUUCAAAUUCUUCUAUUCAUGUGCUUGUGUGGAAUAACUGCCAAGUUAUGUGGUGGUAAAACUUCAGAGGGAAUAUUUGUGGGUGCAUUCCUGUCUAUGUCUUCAACUGCAGUGGUUUUGAAAUUUUUGAUGGAACGAAAUAGCAUAAGUGCCCUUCAUGGUCAGGUUACAAUAGGUACCCUUAUCCUGCAGGAUUGUGCUGUGGGUUUGUUGUUUGCUCUACUUCCAGUUCUAGGUGGCACUUCUGGCAUCUUUCAAGGAGUAUUAUCCAUGACCAAAUCGUUGGUGAUGUUGAUCUCAUUUCUGGCCAUUUUGACAAUAUUAUCUCGAACUUGUGUGCCCUGGUUUCUUAAGCUUAUGAUAAGCCUGUCAUCACAGACUAAUGAACUCUAUCAAUUGGCAUCAGUUGCGUUCUGCUUGCUUGUUGCUUGGUGUAGUGAUAAGCUGGGUUUAAGUCUUGAGCUGGGUUCCUUUGCUGCGGGGGUGAUGAUAUCAACCACUGAUCUUGCUCAGCAUACGCUCGAACAAGUUGAACCCAUCCGGAACUUUUUUGCUGCUUUAUUUCUUGCCAGUAUUGGGAUGUUAAUUCAUGUGCAUUUCCUUUGGAAUCAUGUUGAUAUAUUAGUGGCAGCUGUUUUGUUGGUGAUUGUUAUUAAAACGAUGGUGGUUGCCACAGUUGUCAAGGGAUUUGGAUACAGCAACAAAACGUCACUUCUUGUUGGUAUGUCUUUAGCUCAAAUUGGAGAAUUUGCUUUUGUUCUCCUAAGUCGGGCUUCUAAUCUUCAUCUAGUUGAGGGAAAACUGUACCUUCUGCUUCUGGGCACAACUGCUCUGAGUUUGGUGACAACACCGUUACUUUUCAAGCUAAUACCAGCUGUGGUGCAUCUAGGUGUGCUCUUGCGGUGGUUCCCCCCUGAUAGUCCAAUUGAGAUUGGUUAUAAAGGAGAUGGCCUUCGUGCAGACAGUGCUAAGCGUAUUUCUUUGAUGGUCCAAGGCUCUCAUGAUUCAUGAUAUUAAAUAAAACAUGAAGCAGAAAAAUCCAAAUUUCAGCAUUUUCCUGAUCGGCUUGUUGUACUCUGGAGGACAGGUGCUUAAAAGCGCGAAGGUGGUUUGACUGAGUGAACAGUUUUUUUUAACCCUUUGCAAAGCUCUUUCCUAAACUUGCUCAAGCAAAAUUUUCUGACCAGGCAAGACUGUACAAUACCCAACAAGCCCCAAACCGUAAAGAGCAAUCAUAAGUUUGACAAUCCACGUGCCACCAACACAUCGUUAUUCAGGUCAUCAGAGUAAGCUUCGGGAUGACCUAAUUUGUGUAAAAUAGUGACCAAUCUUGUAAUGUAAUUGUUUUUUUGAUCUUUUUUGAUUUGUUUUCUUUUAUUCCAGGUUCCUUUUUCCCCUUUUUUCCCAAGUAUAUUACUCUCAAAAUGUAGCCAUUCAUCUUUACAACAUGUAUUGAUAGUGAUACUACUACACUUGUAUACCGAAAUUUUGUUCCACCUAUUAUUUAUAUUCUUUGACAGGGUUUUUUGGGUCCUUUAAGAUUGUCUAU